GGCAGUCCCCCUGCAUGAGCCGGGAUGGGGACAGAGAAAAGAGGCCCCACCUCAAGGAUUCUAGGGUGCUGAGAGCCACCCUACCCAGCAAUCUUGGCCUUCCAGCAAGUUUCUGUCCCUCAAUCAAAUGCAGACAAUGAAACGGCACAAACUAACGUGGUAGACAACAAAAGGUAACUAUGUCAUCUUCAUCACAUGCGUAUCAACAUCAAAGCCAGUCCCCCAGUGCCCCGUCAGGACAGGCCCCACAUGGGUGUGCCUGCAGGAAUGUAGAGAGACCACUUGGGUAUCAAGGUGGAGUGGUGAGCUAAGUGACAAGGGGGCCUUUCUGGAGGAGCUGUGGAUGGCUCUUCCCAGGUCAAGGCGAAAGAACAGGUCUCUGUUGGCAGGUAAGGAAUCCCUCAUGAGCGUCCAUAGCUUCAUAUGUCUACCUCAAGACACCGCCAGGGAACAGUGUGGACCCUACGCUGGUCGGUGAGAGGCCAGUGAGAAGAGACGGUGGCCACUGCAGGGUGCAGCCCACCUGGAGAGGGAAGGUGGGGGCAGCAAGACCCAGAACCUGUCUUGUCCUGGGAGCAUGGACUUGGGAUAGUCCAGCUCUACGGAAAGGCAUCUAUAAGAAGGGACCUGAUGGGCCAGAGGAAGCCAGGCAAUGCUUAGGACACUGACAAGUUUCAGAUGGAGCCUCCUGGGAAGAUCAGGAAAUUGAACAGUUCAGGGGCCUUGAGAGAAAAGGUGGGGGAGAAACAGGUGAAGCAAGAGCAGAGGGAGCCGGAAGUAGAUGUGUGUGCAAAAUUGUUCAGAAUAAUUGCCCAUGGAAAGGAAACAGAAUAGUUAACAUGGAAUGCAGGAGGAGGAAGCCCAAAAGAAUAGCUGUGGUCUGGUUCCUGGGAAAAAUGAGUUUGGUAGGGACAGGCUUUGGCGGGGGACUCAGAGGGUUGAGCAGCCUUGAAAGGAGCUCAACUAUUGACCUUCCUCCUUCUGACCACGUGACUCUUCCAGGUAUAAAAGCCUGUUGUUCUUGGAAGAGGAAAAGGCAGUCUAGUCAGACAAGGUUCCAACUGCAUCUGAGACCUGACGUAUUUGAAAAGCUGUCUGUCUCCAGGAAAAGGCAAGGGUGAAAAUGGAGAGGAGAAAGGUGCUAAAGAAAUGAUUAGGCUGGGAAGCAAGGAGACCUUCUCUGCAUAUCUCACACGAAGCAGAACAGCACUAGCCUGAAGGGUCAGCAAUAAUCACUCAGCCAGGGAGGAAGAGAAUGGAUUCACCUUGGUCCGGGGCUGGGAAACCCGCAGUCGGACAGGACUCUGACCUAGUCUUCUGUGUCCUCAGGGGGGAUGGCCCUGAGUCCCCGAGGCCUGGGACUUCUCCUGGCCUACAUCAUCAUCUUCCUCAUCGGUCUCCCCGCCAACCUCCUGGCGCUGCAGGCCUUCGUGGGGCGGGUGCGCCAGCCGCACCCUGCACCCAUCCACAUCCUCCUGCUCAGCCUGACACUGGCGGACCUCCUCCAGCUCCUUUUGCUGCCCUUCAAGAUGAUCGAGGCCGCAAACAAUUUCUUCUGGCCCCUGGGGGAUACACUCUGUGCCCUCACGGGUUUUGGCUUCUACAGUGGCAUCUACUGCAGCACGUGGCUGCUGGCGGGCAUCAGCAUCGAGCGCUACCGCAGCGUGGCUUUCCCCAUGCAGUACAAGCUGUCCCGCCGGCCUGUGUAUGGAGUGAUUGGUGCUGUGGUCGCCUGGGUAUUGUCCUUUGGACAUUGUAGCAUUGUGAUCAUUGUCCAAUACUUACCAACCAACAAUACUCACCCACCAUCAGCCAAAGGAAACAAUGUCUGCUAUGAGAACUUCAGCAAAGAGCAGCUGGACGUGGUACUUCCUGUGCGGCUGGAGCUCUUCCUCAUCCUCUUCCUCAUCCCCAUGGUGGUCACCAUCUUCUGCUACUGGCGCUUCGUGCAGAUCAUGCUCUCCCGUGCCCAAGUGGGGACCUGGAAGCGCUGGAGAGCCGUGGGGCUGGCCGCUGUGACCCUCUUCAAUUUCCUGGUGUGUUUUGGUCCCUACAAUGUGUCUCACGUGGUGGGGUUCUUCCAGCAGGGAAGUCCAAGCUGGCGGCUGUGCGCAGUGUUGAUCAGUGCUCUCAAUGCUUGCAUCGACCCCUUGAUUUUCUAUUUCUCCUCCUCAGUGGUGCGCAAAGCCUUCGAAAAAAGGAUACAGAUUCUGCGGAGCUGGGGUGCCUCACUGUUAGGGCACUGGAGGGGAAGAGCUGGAAAGCCAGCUGCAGAGAGAGGAAAUGAGAGCUUAAGUACAUCCAAUGUCAAUUUUACAGAGGACUAAAUUCACCAGCUUGGUGCUACGUUUUUUGAGGAAGAGGACUCAAAAGGGGGAACAAUGAAGAGAACAGGGGCAAGUUCUCCUGUGCCUAGCUUAAGGGGCAAAGAAGAGCAGUGGGCAUCUCAAAUCCAACUCAUCCAUUGGGUGAGUGUCUUCAUUUUAUCUCCCGGGGUUGAUGACAUUUCCUUGUCUGUGGUUGGUACGGCUUCGUGGUGAGCCACAAGCCCUUUUAUCCUUGGAAUUCUUUACCUUCCCCACUCAGUAUCUAUCAGAUGAUAGUGUUCAUUUAUCCACUGCAGAGCUCUUUGCUCUGUCCUUGGCCCUGAUUCAUAAAGGGGGUGGGUUCCAUGUGCUCAGCCUGAACAUCCCACACAGGCAAGAGUCUGUAGAGGACAAAAUCCUGCACGUGAGCCCAGAAGACCAGCACCCAAGUCAAAGCAGCUGCUGGCUCAGAUCUAUAAAACGGGCAAGAGAAGGAACAGUCCUUGAAGGAUGAAUCAGUGCAGGUGUGAAUAAACUGUCAGGAUACUUCUUAGCAGUUAUGUCCUGUUUCCAAUCCCCAACACUGUGUCACACACUGAGAUAUACACGCAUACCACGCAUGGCCUAAUAAUAAGUGUGCCUGUUCACUGACUCAUCACAGUGAACACGUCCAUCUAAGUGAAAAAAUGAAACAUCCACCUUCUUAGUUUGGGCUUUCUUUUUCCCUCACCUUUGAAGAUUUCUUUUUUCUCUCCUCUUGCCUUCCUUUGGGGUUGUUUUAUUUAUUUUUUGUUUGAUUCUCAUAUUCAUUUCUCAUAUCACUGAGUUGGAAAUUAUAUGCUGGCUUUAUGAAUUUCGCGGUUCUUUUAGACAUUUUAAUAAGUUAGCGGUUCCUUAGCUGGCUCCUCCCUCCCUCUGCGCCUUCUUCCCUUUGAAUACCACAUGGAGGAAAACCAAUCCAGGAGCCAUCCAAUUAUGGGCAUCCUCUAGAGAAGUUCUCAGAAGGCAGUGGGGAGACCCCUGGGGGAGCCCAGAGACCUUUACAAGGAUCUGUAGGGUCAACACACUUUUCAUAAUGAGAUUAGGAUGUGACUUGCUUUUUUUACUCUCGUUCUCUCACAAUAAUAAAUGUACAGUGGAGUUUUUCAGUGGCUACCCGACAUGCGAUCUCAAUGGCAGACUGAAUGCAGAGCAGAUCUGGGAAUCCAGCUGCCUUCUAUUAAACUAGACAUUAAAGAGCUCGGCAAAAAUGUAAAACAAUGCCACUCCUCUCAUGACUGUUUUUGAAAAUUUGGUUGUUUUUGCGAAAAUAUGUUAUUUAUAUUGACAUG